AGAGAAAUCGAAACUCAGCUGUUAAAACCGCUUUCCUUGCUCUUCAGAACCCACUCCUCGAGCCUCCUGGGAACCUCACCAACAUCCCUCCCUCAGAGGCUGAGGCCAGCACUCAGCCGGGACGCUGUGGACCAUGUACACCCACACUCGAAGUAGGGUAGUGCGCCCAGGGCCGGGCUCUUCUUCCAUCUCUCGGGACCAUGCUGGGCAUGAGCGUCGCAAGGAGCUGGACUUGAAGCAAAGCCAGAGACAGAGUUUGGAGGUGCCAGCUUCCAAGGAUGCUAAGAUGGAGGGGCAAGGGCGCGCUGACCAGAGGAGCACAGGCGCACACACCUUGAUACCACCGAACGAGAGCCGAAGGCAGAAGAUGCAGAGAAUUGCUGAGCAGGAGCUGGCAGAUCUGGAAAGGUGGAAGCAACAGAACAGGGCAAAACCAGUCCACUUGGUGCCGCAACGCCUGGGUGGAAGCCAGUCUGAGUUUGAAGUGAGGCAGAAACAACAGCUCCAACAGAUGCGAUCUAAAUACCAGCAAAAGCUAAAGAGAGAUGAAUCUAUACGAAUCAGGAAGGAAGCUGAAGAAGCCAAACUCCAACAGAUGAAGGCAAUCCAGAGGGAGAAGAGUAAUAGACUAGAGGAGAAAAAGCGGCUUCAAGAAAGCCUCAGAAGAGAAGCGCUCCGGGAGCAUCACCAAUACAAAACUGCUGAGUUGUUGAGCAGACUCGACACAGACCUGAGAAACAGAAGUGCUUGUCAAAUUGCUCCUCAUGCUGGCCAGUCCUCAACAUGGAAACUUCCAGUCCUGCCUAAAGAUCCCAGUUGGGCCAGUAGCCAAACAUACAAGGAUUCUCUAUGGAAGGAAGACAACCAAACAUUGCAAAAGACCGGGGAUGGACAACACCAGAAGAAUAAAUUACUGGAAACCAAAGGACAGCACCAAGAGGAAGAAAGAGCCCAAAUCCAUCAAGCUGAGCACUGGAGGGUAAAUAAUGCUUUUCUGGACCGACUCCAAGGCAAAAAUCAACCAGGUGGCCUGGAACAGUCUGGAGGCCGUUGGGAUAUGAAUAGUACCAACAACUGGGGUAUAUGAGAAAUAGUCCUUUCCAUCUGGCCUUCGUCAGCUGACCUUGAGAACCCUCACGAGAUACUUUUCUUUUAUGCAAUGUUGUCUGGCUUCACUUUUCAUAUGUCAACUUCCCCUACUCAGCUUAGCAGUUGUGGGUGGUCAGUUUCUCCUCUGUCAUUAGUUAUAUGUGGAUUUAGAGGCCCAUUACUGACUCAUGUUUAAUCUCAACAGCAUAAUGUUACCUUAUUUUUCCUAGUUAGUUCUGCCUCUUAUUAGAAGGAUAAUUAGAGCAAUGUUAGUAAAAUACUAAAAGGGAAUCACGUGACAUUCGGGGUAGUUAGACCUGUGUAUGCUAUAGGCUUAUGCCUCCUGAUUGACUUUUUGUUUUCCUUGCUAAUCCUGACAGCAGGUUUUCGGAUCCUUUGGGGGUCUUUUUAAAAUUCCUACUUUCUUAAUCUAGGGUACUAAUGUGAGCUAAAGGUGAUCUCUUUUAUAGACAAAUUUAUAAACAAAUUUCAAGCCA